CAUUACAAGCUGAUUCAACUUUAGUCAUUGUUAUUAAAGAUGGCGGUAUCCGUGGCACCAAAGGAUGUUAAUACAUAUUUAAGUCAAAAUCAGAAUGUUGCAGACAAGGAAUUGGCUGCCGAAUGGGCGCAACUUGAAGAAUUAUAUAAUAAAAGGCUUUGGCAUCAAUUGACACUCAAAUUAGAAACAUUCGUAAAAAAUCCAGUACUUCAGAAAGGUGAUAAAUUAGUAGAGUUAUAUGUAAACUUUUUAUCAACUUUUGAAAACAAGAUAAAUCCUUUAUCAUUAGUAGAAAUAUUAGCAUAUGUAAUACAACAAUUUCAAGAUAAACAAGAAGCAAUUAAAUUCUUGGAAAAAACAGAAUCUAAAGUUAAAAGCAAUAAUGAAGCUGUUGCUUUGUGUAAAGUUCUUACUGGACAGAUUUUGCUUGAAAAGUUAAAUAAUCAAGAACAAGCAAAACAAAUUAUAGAGGAAGUAGAAGUUAUGUUAGAUAAUGCUGAUGGUGUUACAACAGUCCAUGGUAGAUUUUAUUUAUUAGCCAGUCGUCUUUAUCGUCUUCAAGGAAAACAUGCUGAAUAUUAUCGUACUGCUUUAAGAUAUUUGGGUUGUAUUGAUUUAAACAGUUUAAAUAGACAAGAACAAGAACAGCAUGCAUUUUUCCUUGGAUUAGCUGCACUUUUAGGUGAAGGAGUAUAUAAUCUUGGGGAAUUAUUAGCUCAUCCAGUUUUACAAUCCUUGAAAGGUACUCCAAACUCUUGGUUAGUUGAUUUAUUACAAGCUUUCAAUGCUGGUGAUAUUGUUGCUCUUGAAAAAUUAAAGCCACAAUGGAGCAAAGUUGCUGAUUUAGCUGCACAAGAAUUAAAAUUAAGGCAAAAAAUAUCUCUUUUAUGUCUCAUGGAAAUGACUUUCAAACGACAAGCUAAUAAUAGACAAUUGACAUUUGCGGAAAUUUCUCAAGAAACUCGUUUACCAUUGGGUGAAGUAGAAUUAUUGGUAAUGAAAGCUUUAGCUCAAGGUUUAGUUCGUGGUGCUAUUGAUCAAGUAGCAGGGACAGUAAAUAUGACAUGGGUACAACCUCGCGUAUUAGAUCGUACGCAAAUAGCUGGAAUGGUUCAACGACUUGAUGGAUGGUGUAAGGAUGUUAGUUCAAUGGAACGUUUAUUAGAAUCUAGAGCAUCUGAGAUUCUUACACUUUAAUAUUAGGUUUGAAAAUUUUGCAUUGAUUGAUCCAUUCAUAAGUUUUAUUUGUAUAGCUUUAUUAACUCAUUGGCUUACCAUUUUUAAACAGAGGAAGUAUAAUUUACUACAUUGAAUAUAAAUAAA